AUGGACUUGUCAAAGGAUUUAAGUGACCAUCUGGUGACGCUGUCCGUGGUAGCCGCUUAUGUGUUGUCCGGAGGUCGGUUGACGGUGGGACUUGCCCUUACCGUGGUUUAUGGACUCAUCAAAUAUGACUCCGCUAAGAACAGGAAAGAUGUUGUUUCACAGACUCUAGAGAGUGCCCCAAGCCCCAAGAAGAAGAAAACAUGCUGCGGUGGAAAAGGCGGCGGAUGUUGCUCGUCAAAGUCUGGUGGGAAAAAAGGCGGGUGCUGCGGUGGGAACUGCUCUUCAAAGAAAAAAGCGCGCGAGGAAGAAGCGACUAGCAACGAUGUUAAAGACCCUGCGUUUGCUGAUGUAGAGGACUUGGCCAUGGACUUCACAGACGCGUUUAAACCAGUGAAAAAAACAAAGACGGUACGCAAAAUCGUAAGUGCAGCCAAACCAGAGGCUAAAAAUGAGCCCAGCUUUUUCAGGAAAGCACUCACAAUUUCAAAUGAAAAACUCAUGAGCUCGCAAAUAUACAUUUUUUACUCGUCGCUACAAGGCGCUGCAGAGAGAUCCGCCAAGAUAGUGAAAGAAGUUUUAUCAGAAGUCAAGGAUUUGAAGCAUGUGCCCGAAAUUUUGAACUUGGACGAACUGAGUGACUUCGACGACUACUUCGUCAACGUGCCGAAGAGUAAUGCCCUUUACAUCAUGGUUUUGCCAUCUUACGAGACUGACUCGCCCUUGGACUUUUUCUUACAGUCAAUGGAUGAAAAUGCGAACGAUUUCAGGAUUGACAAACUCGCUCUGAGAAAGCUCGUCGGUUAUUCGGUGCUUGGUAUCGGUGACUCGGAAUCUUGGCCAGAGAAGUUCUGCUACCAAGCCAAGCAGGCGGACCUCCUGCUAGCAAAGCAAGGUGGAAGAAGAGUUUUCCCCGUGGGAGAAGUCUGCAUGAAGUUUGGCGGAGAUCCCAGUGUUAUGGAAUGGGCCAAGCUUUUGGCAGAUACUUUGCAAGACGACGAACCCAUCCUUUAUGAGUACGACGAAAGCUUAGAAACCGAAGAAGCGGAAGAACCAAUUGAUGAUCCUCUCAAAGAGUCACUGGUGGACCUAGAAGAUGUUGGGAAAUCUUCCGAAUUGCAGGACGUUACACAGGUCAAGGAAAUGGUUGCCAAAAACAGUCCCACUUACAAGAACUUGACAAAGCAAGGAUACACAAUUGUUGGGUCUCACUCGGGUGUUAAAAUCUGUCGUUGGACCAAAAAUGAUUUGCGUGGGAGAGGUUCGUGUUACAAACACUCGCUUUUUAAUAUUGUAUCGAGUAGAUGCAUGGAAUUGACUCCUUCUUUGGCAUGUUCUUCCAAAUGCGUGUUCUGUUGGAGGCACGGUACGAACCCGGUCUCGAAAAACUGGCGCUGGGAGGUGGACGAUCCAAACUAUAUUUUGGAGAAUGCACUAAAGGGACAUUAUGCCAAAAUCAAACAAAUGAGAGGCGUACCCGGCGUCAUUGCCGAAAGAUUUGCAAAAGCCUUUGAGGUGCGUCAUUGCGCGCUGUCUCUGGUAGGAGAACCUAUCAUGUAUCCUUUCAUCAACAAAUUUGUCAGUCUGUUACAUGAAAAAAAGAUUUCAAGCUUUUUGGUUUGCAAUGCUCAGCACCCACAGCCUCUCAGAGACUUGGGCAAGGUAACGCAGUUAUAUGUAUCAAUUGAUGCACCAUCAAAAAUUGAACUGAAGAAAGUCGACAGGCCUUUAUACCGGGACUUCUGGGAAAGAAUGUUGGAAUGUCUCGAGAUUCUGAAAACCUCUCAGUCUCAUCAACGGACUGUUUUUAGAAUGACGUUGGUCAAAGGUUUCAAUAUGGGCGAGGUCAACGCGUAUGCUGAUCUUGUUCAGAGAGGCUUGCCAUGUUUUAUUGAAGUCAAAGGUGCCACGUUUUGUGGGUCAUCGGAUGGUAAUGGCAACCCAUUGACCAUGCAGAAUAUACCCUUCUAUGAGGAAUGUGCCAAUUUUGUCAAAGCUCUUUCAGCAGAACUCCAAAGAAGAGGUCUAGGUUAUGACGUUGCGGCGGAGCAUGCUCACUCCAACUGUAUUCUGAUCGCUGACACUAAAUUCAAAAAAGAUGGCGAGUGGUGGACCCAUAUCGACUUUGAAAAAUUCUUCGAGCUAUUGGAAUCGGGAAAGCUCUUCAAUCAUUUGGAUUACACUGCCAAAACUCCAGAAUGGGCGUUGUUUGGUAACGGAGGCUUCGCGCCUGGAAACACACGGUUUUAUAAAAAAAGAGAACUACAGAAACAAGUGACGAGGACAGCAAUGCGGUUCAAAGCCAAGUCAAACCUGGGCAAACCGUUGUUGCAUGAAAAAAAAAAAGGUUCACCCAUUAGCCUUUAA